CAGGAACGAGGAGGGAGCGAGUCCGCAGCCGAGCCUGCUGGAGUACAGUACAGUAAAUCGGGACCCUCGGUAGACUGCGCUUUCCACCGCCGCGCGCCAUGUUGGGGAGCCCUUCCUGCCCCCCGCGCCGGGCUGGGCGGCCGGGGCUCGCCGGCAGCCGGGGGAGGGUCUUUCAUAACCCAGAGAAUUUUCAAAGUGCGAGGAAGAUGAUAAGAAUAGAUUUCUACAAGUCCCGACCACGUGAUUGGCGAAAUAAUUAAUUCAGCACGUCCCUUAAGAAACACGGAGUCGUCAUUAAUCUGCCACGCAAAGGGCUCUCUCCGACUUGGAAAGUGCAGGGAUCCCAAGAAUACCACCCGCCCAGGGGGGCCGCGCGGCGCCCCCAACCCUCCACCCUCGGCCGGCUGCGGGCGCGGGAGCGCUGCCGGCAGUAGAUUUCACAGUGCUGACCCAGAGCUGACUGGGCCGAUUCUCACCCUGUCACCGGAAAGUGGACUAUCUGGGUCACCACAAGAGAUGCUGUGAUUUUGAAACCAGGUCACCUGGAGCCUGGGGCUGCCCCAGCUCUCUCAGGAUUUGGCAGACAUUGGAGGUGGCAGUGAAGGAGAGAGUGGUGGUCAAUGUUAUUUGAGCAGGGUCAGCAGGUCCUGGAGUUUCCUGAGUGCACCAUGCAGAAGGCUGCUUACUAUGAAAACCCAGGACUCUUUGGAGGCUACAGCUACAGCAAAGCCACUGACACUUAUGGCUACAGUGCCCCCCAUCAGCCUUAUCCACCCCCUGCUGCUGCCAACUCCCUGGACACUGAUUACCCAGGCUCUGCCUGCUCCAUCCAGAGCUCUGCAUCACUACGAGCACCAGCCCACAAAGGGGCUGAACUCAAUGGCAGCUGCAUGAGGCCGGGUGCUCAUGGGAACAGCCAGGGUGGGGGUAGUGGCAGCCAGCCUCCUAGUCUGAACUCAGAGCAGCAGCCGUCACAACCCCCUCCUCCACCACCAACCCUGCCCCCAUCCUCACCUACUAAUCCUGGAGGUGGGGUGCCUGCUAAGAAGGCCAAGGGUGGGCCCAAUGCUUCUGGUUCCUCUGCCACCAUCAGCAAGCAGAUCUUUCCCUGGAUGAAAGAGUCCCGACAGAACUCCAAGCAGAAGAACAGCUGUGCCACUGCAGGAGAGAGCUGCGAGGACAAGAGCCCGCCGGGCCCAGCAUCCAAGCGGGUGCGCACAGCGUACACCAGCGCACAACUGGUGGAAUUAGAGAAGGAAUUCCACUUCAACCGCUACUUGUGCCGGCCGCGCCGCGUGGAGAUGGCCAACCUGCUGAACCUCACCGAACGCCAGAUCAAGAUUUGGUUCCAGAAUCGGCGCAUGAAGUACAAGAAGGACCAGAAGGCCAAGGGCAUCCUGCAUUCGCCAGCGGGCCAGUCUCCGGAGCGCAGCCCGCCGCUCGGCGGCGCAGCCGGCCACGUGGCCUACACAGGCCAGCUGCCUCCUGUGCCGGGCCUGGCCUAUGACGCUCCCUCGCCGCCCUCCUUUGCCAAAUCUCAGCCCAACAUGUACGGCCUGGCAGCCUACACGGCGCCACUCAGCAGCUGCCUGCCACAACAGAAGCGCUACGCGGCGCCCGAGUUCGAGCCCCACCCUAUGGCGAGCAACGGCGGCAGCGGCUUCACCAGCGCCAACCUGCAGGGCAGCCCGGUGUACGUGGGCGGCAAUUUCGUCGACUCCAUGGCGCCCGCGUCUGGGCCCGUCUUCAACCUGGGCCACCUCUCGCACCCGUCUUCGGCCAGCGUGGACUACAGCUGCGCUGCGCAGAUUCCUGGCAACCACCAUCAUGGACCGUGUGACCCCCAUCCCACCUACACAGAUCUCUCCGCUCACCAUUCGUCUCAGGGACGCCUGCCCGAGGGCCCCAAACUGACGCAUCUGUAGCGGCCGCCACCGGCCCGACCUCGCGGCGCAAUUACCUCUUGCUUUGGUGGCGGGGGUGGCGGGCGGAGCCCUCGGGACGCCUCGGUGACCCUAUCUAUCCCUUUCUCUGGCCGGGUCGCUGCCUCCCGGAUGUCGGGCCACAGGCGACCGGGCCUUCCCUCCAGGCGCACCCACCUUUGGGCGACUCGCCAUAAAUUGGCUCCGAGGGUUCUCUUCUGUAAGCCUGAUAUGCCACCAUAUACUGCGGACCGAGGGGCCCUAAUCUGGUAAUGAUGCCCUGAAGGUAAGUCUGAGAUCUGUUGGCGGUGCGCCCCUGCGGAAGGACCAGGGGCCAAAGAUCCCUGAGCCUGGCCCACGUCUAGCUUAGUUGCGGAGACCUUAAUUUAUAUUCUCCUUCCAGUCCCUUAAGGAAUGCAUCGGACUCAACGACCUAUAUUUAUUAUUUGAAGCGAGUCAUUUCGUUUCCCUGAUUAUUUAUCCUCUUCUUAAUGUAUUUAUGUGUAUGUAUAUUUGUAGAAUUAUCCAGCCGAGCUUAGGAACGCGGUCCCAGUCCGCGGGAGCCACAUUUCACCUCGUUAGUCCCCUUGGUCUGAACUAGUUGAGAGUAGUUUUGAACAAUUGUAAACGUGGCUGGUGUUUGUAGUUGAUGUAAAGGAUUAAGACCGCAAAUUGUCCUUCAUGGGUAGAGUCAGGCAGCCUCGUGGCGCGGCACAACUCCAAUUACUCAUUUCUCAACAGCCGCAGCCAUCGCCACUCAACACAGUUUAUUGAUUUCAAAUUGUCUGGUACUAUUUGAAUAAAUAUUUAGAAUAAAAAAAUUUCUCAGUCUUAAGUGUAUCUGUG